UCCUUUUUCCACAUUUAAUUUUUAAAUUUUUUAUUUUCUUUCUUCGGUGGGGGGGCUUGCCGUUAAAUGGUAACGAGGAAAGGGAGCGGGAACCCGUAAAGCGUUCUUUUCUCCCUCUCUAGGCAUCCUAUAGGGUUUUAUUCUUUCUUCUAAGUACUCGUUUCUUUCUCUCUUUUCCCUAUUCUCUUUCUUUCUUUUUGUUUUUGAGAUCUGUGCGUUUUUUCCCUUCUUGAAAGCUUCAUUUUAUAAGAAAUGGAAACUGUUACAGUGAUCGCUCCACCAAUCGAGACUCCAUCCAAGUCCUCUGACUAUCACUAUUUUUCACAUCCUCCUCUGAAUGAAAGGAUCCUUUCAUCAAUGACCAGGAGGUCUGUAGCUGCUCACCCAUGGCAUGAUCUUGAGAUCGGACCUGGAGCUCCAAUGGUUUUCAACUGUGUGAUUGAAAUUGGGAAAGGGAGCAAGGUGAAGUAUGAACUUGACAAGAAAACUGGUCUGAUCAAGGUUGAUCGUGUGCUUUACUCAUCAGUUGUGUAUCCUCACAACUAUGGUUUCAUCCCUCGCACUCUUUGUGAAGAUAAUGAUCCAUUGGAUGUCCUGAUUAUCAUGCAGGAACCAGUUCUUCCAGGAUGCUUUCUUCGUGCUAAAGCUAUAGGUCUGAUGCCUAUGAUCGAUCAGGGUGAGAAAGAUGACAAGAUUAUUGCUGUCUGUGCUGAUGAUCCUGAAUAUCGUCACUACAAUGAUAUCAAGGAGCUUCCACCUCACCGUUUGGCUGAGAUUCGCCGCUUCUUUGAAGACUACAAAAAGAAUGAGAACAAGGAAGUUGCUGUCAAUGACUUUCUCCCAGCCUCUACUGCUUAUGAGGCAAUCCAGCAUUCCAUGAAUCUAUAUGCGGACUACAUUGUGGAGAGCUUAAGGCGGUAGUUGUUCAUUGCGUCCUGACUAUAUAUAUAGAUACGAAUAUGUUGUAGCCGCAUAUUAAAAUUCCUCUUCAUCGUUACAAGAAAUUCAACAUCUCCUUGUGUGGGCAGACUGCACCCUGCAGAGUGCAGCCACUGGUUUUACAAACUAGUUGGGUCCUUAUGUCUUAUAGUAACAUUUUCUAGGUGAAAUGGUUGUUUGCUGUUUGAUCUUUAUGCAUUUGAGGAUGACGAUAAUUUUGGAUAAUUCUCACGGUAAUGAUGAUGGCUAUAAAUCUUUUUAUCCGGUUGUCUCAAUUUUUUUUUUUUUUUUGGUUGUAUAAUGCCGCUCACUUUUAUUUGCUGUUUGAUGUAUCUUACAGUUUUGUGAAUUAUUUUAUGAGUUUAUAUGUAAUAUAUUGUGAGUGUAUAAAAUUUAU